CUGCAGGCGAGUCUGCAUCACCUUGAAGUCCGUUGCUGCCUCCCCGCAGUCCCCUCCCUCCAUACUCCUCCUUCAGUCCUUCUCUUUCUCUCCUCCUCCACCACCUCUUUCUCGUCCUCCUCUAUUCCCAUCUCUGUCUUUUUCUUUCUCUCUGUCUCUCUGUGUCUCUCUCUCUCUCUCUCUCUCUCUCUCUCUCUCUCUCUCUCUCUCUCUCUCUCUCUCUCUCUUUCUAUCGGUCCUCAUUCCAGCCUUCUCCUCUUUAUCUUUUUUCCAAAAUGUAUCAGAACGCGUGGAUUGCCAACUAUCUUAGCCAUGUCAAGUGCUGUCAAGGCAUCACUGGGGAGGCCAUCACCAAAGUUGCCAGACCCAAGCUUCAGCAAAGGGCUUUUAGUUUUCAGAAACAGUUCCCAUCUGAGGAUAAAGACGACAUUUCCCAGACCACAAAGGCUGUCGAUGUCAAUCAUAUUGUCUCUCUACCCAAAGUCUCGGAGUUAAGGAAACGUUUUGAGCACAUCAGUAAUAGUCAAAGUGACUGCUGGGACAUGAACAGGAAAGAACGAAUUGCACGGCGGCUGGAAGGAAUUGACAACGACCUUCAGUUCUCACUUCCAAGUGCUGGUCUGGUGACCAAUCGGUUAUUGGAAGAGGACACUCCCAGAUACACUCGUGCCACAGACUUGUGUGAUCCAUGCACAGUUCCUGUUCAGCACUUUAGCAAAGAUGAGUCUGGUUUGUCAGACCCUCACAGCUCCGAGAGUGUGCACAUGAGCCGGAUGGAGACACACAUGGCCCAAUCUGAGCCUACCUAUAACCCCGGUUCUGUUGUAACUGCUGAGGAGGAGUCUAAAGCUGAGCGCAUCGCCCGUUACAAGGCCGAACGCAGACGCCAGCUCUGUGAGCGCUACCGCAUCUUGCUGGAUGAAGAGGCAGACACGGACCAUGCCAGCCAGUACUCCAGAAUGCGACGGGACCCUGAGGGUUCAGAGCGCCAGUACAAGGGGCAGGUGGAGGGAAGAUAUGAGGUCGAGCAUAAUGCCAACACCUCCAACGUAUGCGCAGGUAAAACCACUGCUCAGGCCAGUGUGGAGCAGGAGUACAGCAGGGAGAAGGCUGAGGUAUUCUCUGAACAAGAGAGGAGGAUGAAUCUGGAAAACCAGAAAAGGGCACACGACCAAGGAAGAAUGCAUGGAGAAGGAGUAGCUCCAGACCACUCUGCCCCUUACAUAGACACUUCAGGGGAGACCAGAGCCUCAACAGAACAGGGAUUGACUGCAAAGCAAGUGGCUUCUCCUGGGGAUUUAUCUAAUGAACAGCAGGCCCACAACAUCCUCCACAAGCAAGGUAGCUCCUAUAGUCAAUGGUCACUCCAGACUGAUUCAGAAGGAGACACAAUUUCCCCAAUCAACUGGCCCUCCAGAAUCAGAGUCAGGGAGAGACUGGCUCGCGAUGAGCCCUCACACCAGAAUGCAGAGCUCGGUUCAGCAUCAGAAUUCCCAGUGUACCACAGUCAUGCACAGAUUUUCACUACCCACCAGGAACAUCCAAAAUCCCACUUCCCAUACCGUCCAUCCCAGCUGCACCAUUCCCGUGCUGGGCAAGCUGAGCACCAGGACCCUGGAUGCCAUGGCUACCUCUCCAUUGGCACGGAGCCUUCUUGCCCCCAGGUUUGGCAAGAAGCUAAAGUGCGAGUGGAUGAAACAGGUAGUCAGGCAAUGGCAGAGGGGCUUCUGAGGACCAGGAAAUCAGUUUUGCCUUCUGAGGUCAGACGGCGAGAGAGAAGUGUUGACGAUGUCCACCGUGGAAGAUUUAAUGAUGCAGAUCUGAGCCAACACCACCACCAGGGACAUACUGCACCAAACAGAGAGGAAAUCCAGGUAGGAGAGCCCAGAGGAAGGCAGGGACGGUGGUCACGGAGGGAGGAGCAUACUGAACAUUUAUCUCGACUUCAAGCAACUGAAGAAAUGUAUGCGAGAGCCAAGCAGGCCCAGGAGAGGGCACCCAAUGGCUGGUUUAACCAACAUGGAACCAGCCAUCUGCAAUCAAGCAUUCAAGGUUCUACUCCAACAUCAAGUGGCAGAUGGGCUCCAGAUCUAACCAAACAAAUGAGUCGAUACUUUUCAGACUCAGGGAAACCUAAAAGCACUCUUGCCCCUGCCAGCCAGGAAGCCAUCCACAGCAGAGAGGUUGUCCCUCAGGAGACCAGGGCCCCAAGAGACCACUCUCCAGUGGACAUGAGAGUUUCUGUAGCCCAAUUGCGCCACUCCUACCUCAAGAGUGCAACAAGUGCCCAAAAACCUGAACAGGCAGAGCGCUUUCCUGCGUCUACUGAGGUGCCCUGGAGAAGUGAGCGAGGUGGCGGCAGAGCUUCCCGUCGCCCUCGGCGAUACAUAUCGCCCAGUGAGCGAGAGACUAGGAAGACUUCUGAGAGGUUUAGAACUCAGCCGGUUACCUUAGCUGAGUGGCAGGAGUCUGAUAGGUCUUGCCCAAUCCCAGAACCACAAAUCACUGAAGAUGAGGAGAAGUUGGAUGAGAGAGCAAAGAUGAGUGUUGCUGCCAAACGCUCUCUCUUCAGGGAGUUGGAGAAAAGUGUGGAGAGUGCAGCUUUGAAGGCACAAAACCAAAAUGCUGCUUUAGCACGUAGACUGAGAAGAGGUCAGGACCGCUACCGUACCCAGCCAAUCACAUCAGAGGAAGUCGUCAUUGCUGCCACUUCCCCUGGUCCCUUGUCACAGACUGUGUCUGUUCAGUCUUCAGUAACACGUGUUCCUAGUCCCACUGUAGUCAGCAGCACAGUCACCCAACACAGCUCUAUGGUGAGGGAGCAAGCACGAGAGGCUCGAUUGCUGCAGGAAACAGCAGAGGAGGAAAAGGCUCGGCACACUGAAGAAAGCCAGGAGGAGCCUGACCUGUCCACUCUCAGCCUGGCAGAGAAAAUGGCCAUCUUUAACAAACUCACACAGCAGUCCAGUGCCAACCCCAUCCGCCAUAGAGACACACGGACACGGCGCAGUCAUGCCCGCUACCAGACCCAGCCUAUCAUACCCGGAGAGGUGGCGCAGGUUGGAGGUGGCUCUCAUAUCACCCCCUCCUCCUCCGCUAUAAAAUCUACCACGGUUUCUACAGUCCAUGCAGGUGACCUCCAUCUGGCCCAACCCAGUGUGUCCAACCGCUAUGAUGAACGAGAUGCACCACCUUGGCACCAAUCGCAGCCUCUUUCAGCACUCCAGAACCACAAAGGUCCCUCUGAGCUGCCUGGAGCUGAGAGAGAGGAGUCCAGCCUGGGUGUGGGCGUGAGGAAGCUGCCCUCUCUGGAGAGAGUGAAGCAGCCAAACGGAGAGGUAGUGACGUCGUGUGACCUCCAGGAGACGGAUGGAAAUCAGAGGUCAAGAUCAGCUGUGGCAGGUCUUCCUAAGCAGGCUGUUUCAGCGAGAGCUGCAGCAGCGCUGACUGCAUCUCAGCCUUUGAACGGGAGCGCGUCUCUCCCGCAGCGCACACACGCUCAGCAGCUGCUGGAGUCCAGCAGAGAGGUUGUCUCAGAGGACAGGGAGAGGACCAGAGAGACAGAACAAGACACUGAAGAGGCAGAGAUUUCAGACAUCAUGUCGGCGAGGCAGAUGUCCAUCAAAGAGAGGCUGGCUCUGCUGAGGAAGAGCGGUGAGGAAGACUGGAGGAACAGGAUCAAUAAGAAGCAGGAUGUUGUCAAAGUGGCCAUUUCAGAGAAACAUGCUCAGCUGUGGGAGGUGGAGCAGACCUUUAAGAAGAAGGACAAUGGAAUGAUAGACGAGUUUGCAGUCUCUGAUCAGCUCUGGGAGCCUGUCUUUUCUUCCACUUUUUCCUCUGUGCCUCUGAGUGCCUCUGAGUCUCUGGAUCCCAUCGAACCCCUUUCCCAGACGCAACCCUUGCUUAUGCAGGCAGAUGAACGUCACCCCUGGAGACGCAAGAGGAUAGGGGAUGAGGUAGUGGAGAGCCAGCGACUCGAGCGUAUAGAGAUGUCCAUCCAAGAACGGAAGCAGCUCAUCACAGCUCAAGAGGAUGCCUGGAAGGUCAAAGGUCGUGGAGCUUCCAAUGACUCCACGCAGUUUACCGUGGCUGGUCGUAUGGUCAAGAAAGGUCUUGCAGCCCCCAUGGUGCUUACAAAUCCAGGAUUUACUCCUACAUCACCCAAAAACAAGAACGCCAUCUCCAAACCUCUGGAAGAGAUUGAGGUCAGAGACGAUAUAAAGCUUGAGUCAGACAAGAAGCUGGAGAAGCUGGAGUCCUUCUUGGGUCGGCUGAACAGUAAAGUGGCCGGGCUUCCAGAGUCCACACUUACAGUAACGAAGAAGACGGUUAAAGAGGUCAUGACUCUGGAUGAUGAGUGUUUUGAUAAGUUCUACAGGCACACUGAUGUACUUGCCAAGAUCACAAGUAAAGUGGAGAUCGACGAUGACUUUGAUGCCAUCUUUGGAACUCAGAUGCCAAAGCUGACCUCAGAGAUGGUGCAGCACAAACGUGCAGUGCGUCCAUCCCGAAACGUGCAGUCCUCCAGGAACCCUCUGAAGCUGCUGGCUGCACGAGAGGACAUCAGACAUGAGUACACCGAGCAGAGACUUAACAUUGGUGUGCUAGAGAGCAAGAGAAUCACGCAAGAGAAGAUGUGUAAGAACAGUGGGUUCUCUGCCAUGGCUCUGGCAGGCUUAGCGAGUAAGGAGAACUUCAGCAGUGUGAGUCUGCGGAGUGUGAAGGUCUCAGAGCAGAGCUCCCACAACAGUGCCAUGCCUUACAAGGCCACCAUGCUCAUGCAGGUCAAAGGCCGACGGCAUGUCCAGACGAGGCUAGUCGAGCCUAGAGCUUCAUCUCUGAACAGUGGCGAUUGUUUCCUCCUGGUUACACCCCAGUACUGCUUUAUCUGGAUAGGAGAGUUUGCAAAUGUCAUUGAGAAGGCCAAGGCUGCAGAGCUGGCCACAUUCAUCCAGACCAAGCAUGACCUUGGAUGCAGAGCCACUUAUGUUCACACCAUAGAGGAGGGUAUCAAUACCCACAGCCACGCAUCCAAGGAGUUCUGGAAGAUUCUGGGAGGGCAGACCAGCUACCAAGCUGCAGGAACUCCAGAGGAGGAUGAGUUUUAUGAGACCGCCAUAGUGGAGACAAACUGUGUCUACAGGCUGCAUGAGGACAAGCUGGUGCCUGAUGAUGAUUUCUGGGGCAGAGUACCACGCUGCACCAUGCUCAGCCCUGCAGAGGUGCUGGUGUUUGAUUUUGGCAGUGAGGUGUAUGUGUGGCAUGGUAAAGAGGUGACAUUGGCACAAAGAAAAGUGGCGUUUCAGCUGGCAAAGCACCUCUGGAAUGGGACAUUUGAUUACACAACCUGUGAUAUCAACCCACUAGAUCCAGGAGAGUGCAACCCACUUAUCCCCAGGAAAGGGCAAGGCCGGCCAGACUGGGCUGUAUUUGGCAGGAUGACCCAGCACAAUGAGACUACGCUGUUUAAGGAAAAGUUUCUAGACUGGAGUGACUCCAAGAAGGCGUCAACGAAGAAUGAUAACAUACAAGCUAGUGAAAAUAAGGAGGUGCACAGUGGUGAAUGCCGCUCGUAUGAUGUGUCUCUGAUGUUGCCGUUGUCCAGUGCCCCCAUUCGGACCAUUCUGGACGGCGUGGAUGUGGGCCGAGGUUAUGGAAUGGUGGAGGGAGAUGACCGGAGAAACUUUGAGAUCAGCACUCUGUCUGUGGAUGUGUGGCAUAUCCUGGAGUUUGACUACAGUCGGCUCCCUAAGCAGAGCAUUGGGCAGUUCCAUGAGGGAGACACGUAUGUAGUUAAAUGGAAGUACAUGGUCAGUGCAGCAGUUGGGAAAAGGCUGAAUUCUGAGCGGAUAGUUGGCCCGGGUAAGGAGAGGUGUGCAUACUUCUUCUGGCAGGGUCGUAACGCCACUGUUAGUGAGAAAGGGACAUCAGCUCUCAUGACUGUGGAGUUGGAUGAGGAGAGAGGAGCACAGAUCCAGGUGCAGCAGGGGAAGGAACCCCCCUGUUUCCUACAGUGUUUUAAUGGAGGCAUGAUGAUUCAUGCAGGAAAGAGAGAAGAGGAAGAAGAGAAUACACAGAAUGACUGGAGGUUAUACUGUGUGAGAGGAGAAAAGCCAGUAGAGGGCCACCUGCUGGAGGUGGUGUGUCACUGCAGCAGCCUGCGUUCUCGCUCCUCCAUGAUUCUGCUCAACAUCCCCAAAGCCAGCAUGUACCUGUGGCACGGCUGCAAGGCCCAAGCACACACGCAGGACGUGGGCCGCACCGCUGCUAACAAGAUCAAAGAGCAGUGUCCUCUAGAGGCAGGACUUCACAGCAGUAGCAAAGUGACCAUCCACGAGUGUGAGGAAGGCACUGAACCGGUAGGAUUCUGGGAAGCUCUCGGGAGACGUGACCGCAAGGCAUAUGACUGUAUGAUUCAGGAUUUGGGGAAGUUUAACUUUACGCCACGGUUAUACCACUUAAGCAGUACAUCAGGGGAGUUUGUUGCCUUGGAGUUGAUCUGUCCAUCCAGAGAACCGAACUUGGUCAACUCGAUGCCUUUCCAUCAGGAAGAUCUGUAUAACAUCACUCAGCCAGCUCUGUUUUUGGUAGAUAAUUAUCAUGAGGUGUACCUGUGGCAGGGCUGGUGGUCUCAGGAAGGUGAGAACACAGGCUCCGCCCGCAUCCGAUGGGACUUGGACAGGAAGUGUGCCAUGGAAACUGUGCUCCAGUACUGCCGAGAGAAGAACGAGAAGAAGCCUCCAAAGGCCUACCUGAUUCAUGCAGGACUGGAGCCACUUACAUUUACUAACAUGUUCCCCUGCUGGGAGCACAGAGAGGACAUCGCUGAGAUCACCGAGAAGGAAGCGGAAGUAUGUAAUCAGAUCAUUCUAGUGGAAGAUGUUUUGGCCAGACUCUGUAAGACCACCUAUCCACUGGCUGAUCUCAUGGCCCGGCCGUUACCAGAAGGUGUCGACCCUCUGCACCUCGAGCUCUACCUGUCAGACGAAGACUUCGAGGGUGUAGGGGCCUAUGGGAAGAAAGCACUGGAGAUGACCAGGAUGGAGUAUGAAGCUUUGCCAGGAUGGAAGCAGGUGAAUUUGAAGAAAGACAAAGGAUUGUUCUAGUGGGUUUAGGAGUAUUACGAUGUGCAGAUGGAGUGAUAAUCACUGUUGUGGCAUUGAAAGAGAUGGAACAUGCAUGUGGUGCAGCUUAUACUCCCUUUGUUGGCUGAACUUUAUAAAUGUACACAUGAGAAUGUGCUGGUGUGAGUGCACUGCAGAGAGAUAUAAAAAGAAAAGAAAGGAGCGGUGGAUAUGCACAGAGAUCAGCAGAGGUUUACCAGCCUCUUGGCGUAUCUCUCUCUCUGUUCCUUUUUUUUCAGCUUAUUAAAUUGUAAAAAAAAAAGAAAACAACAAAAAAACCAACUGUAAAUUACUGUAAUGUUUCUUUGAUUUGAGGUUUUGUGUUUUCCAGCUUUUUUUUGUUCAUUCCAUUACAUGUUCAUGUAGCAGAAGUCAAGCUGCCCAUACAGUUUCCUGUAAACUAAAAUAAAAAAAGACCUACGAUCGUUUGAUUAACUUAACGGCCACAUCACAUCUUCAGACUGUUUUUGCUUUAAAGUGCUCGCCAUUAUUUUACUUGUGUAAACACGUUACAUGGAUUUAGUUGCAGUAAAUGUACAGUAGAGUAUGAAUUUUUACAGAUAUAAUAAUGUACUAAUAAUCCUGUCCUGUGUCACUCACAGCCUGGUGUACAUGCCAUCACAAAUUGCCCUGUUGUCAUACAGGUUCUGAAAGGUGUGGGUGUGACUGAGUAAUGUGUGAGUGUUGAUCACAUGACGUUAAUUAAAUAUUGUUGAACUGGAGGUGAAUUAAAUCUCCUUGCUCAGAUUCUACAGUGUAUAGUGCCUUCGCUUUCGUGUACAGUUUAUAUAAUGAAAUCUAAUAGUAUGCAAUUUUAAUAUUUUUGUGACUAUAUAAAAUAUCAGAGGGAAAUAAACAGUGAACUAUAAACAAAAAUAUGCAGUCAAUGAUGUGCUCCUCUUGUUUUAAAGCAUCAGGAAACUUUAUCUGUCAUCUCCAGGUUCAAGUUGAUGUGUUGGGUUAGUUGAGAUUUAGAUGAGACAAAGGAACGUUAUGUGGUUUUGUUUUAUAUUUGAACUCGCACAGGAAUCCAGGGCAAAACAUCACCUGACGUUUGGUAUGAUGUUCUCUCGAACAUAAAUUACAUUUGAACAUGAGCUUGAAUGUGAUUGGUUCAUUCUGAGCCAUAUGCCCAAUUAUGAAAGGUUGUGCACACUUAUGCAACCUGGUUAUUGGAAGGGUAUUUUUUCCCCUAGUUGUGUUUCCAUUUCUGACUUGUUUUUCAGUUAAUUUUUAUAUGUUGUAAUUUCCCAUUGAGGGUGGGAAAAGUUCUGACAUGAUUUAUCUUAGUUUCUUUUUUACUUCACAAAAACCUCCCAUUAUAGCAGGAGUGUGUAGACUUUUUAUAUCCCUUGUACAUUCAGGCCCUUAUAGCAGCUACACUUGCCUUAUAAGGAACUUUGUAGGUAUAAUUACUGACUGUAGCCUGUUGAUUUAGAUAAUGUCAGCUUCCUCCAUCUCUACCAUCAGUGGAAAUGAACCACUGCACUGACACUAAUGUGUUCUAUUGUGGUGGAGAUCUACAUAGCAACAGGCUGCUUUUGGUAUAUUUAACCUACCAAGUCACCUUUAUAGUAAUUGUAGCUGAUUAAAGGGCCAGUGAUCGUAGCUAUAAGACGUACCUAAUAACUAGGCAAAGGGUGUGUAUAAAGCUACAUUAAAAAGGGGGAAAUUUCCUCUUUAGUCAUUGGAGAGUAUUUCCAUUUUAAACAUGUGUGUGUGGGUGUUUGACAGAAAUUUGGAUUCCUUGCUUUUUCCACAUCGAGCCUUUUCAGUAUCUAAUCAGCUUAGUGCGUUUCCUCAAACACAAUGUACAGAUGGGGCAAUAAUUACUGUUGCAGUGUCGAAAUAAUAUCUGAGGGAACUAAAACGGUGAGCUAUGAAAAUAUGCAGUCAGUGGUGUGCUUGUUACAAGUUCUUGUAAGAAACAUAACCUCAGUUCCUAAUAACAUUAUUAUUCAUUUAAUUUAAAAAAAAAAAUUUUACAAAAUUACAAAAAGUGAUGUUUGUCUUUAAAACUGCAUCUUCCCUAAAUGAAUUUAGGGGUUUCACAGGGUUCAAGGGUGAAUAUUUCUGCAACUACAACUUUUAAAAUUAUUUACAAACUAAAUAAAUAAUUGUGCAAACUAUAGAGAUUUUUCCUUGACAUUUUAUAGGCUAUUUUGUGCAGAUCUAUUAAAUAAAAUCCCAAUUAAAUCAAUUUGAGUUACAGGUGGUAACAUUACAUUAAAUUUCAAUGGG